CUUGGAAAUGAGCGCUCUAAAAUAGGGUCUAGGGUUAGGGAUUUCCUGGCCAUGGAUGCCGGCUGGUCCGCGGUCUGCGAUUGGGCGGCGCGAGCAGCGAUUCCUCCUCGGCCGCAGGUAUUCUCGCUCAAUUCCAUCGUAGGGACGCUCCUGGGAGGACUUUUGCUGUCGAUCAAGAGCAAUGGCGCCUCUUCCUCGACGCCCUCGAGUGAUAGGACGCAGAGGCGGGGUAAAUGCCGCCAAGUUCGCAUUCCCAGCGUUGGGGAAAGCUUUUCCAGAGCUUCUUCAGUGAUGUGGACGAGAAUGUGGGGUGCCGAGGACAAGAAAUGCAGCAGUGUUCCUCCGGUUGUUUUGAUCCUUGCGGCAGCGAUCUGGCCGCCUCUGAUCGUUCCGCCACCUUGCGAAGCUGCGCUUACUCUCAAGGCUCCAGUGACAGAGAUAACGAUGGAGAGUGAUACUGCCUCCCAGGAUUGGACGAGCGAUCUUACAAAGACGGUGGUGGAACCUCAUAGCGGUGUUCAGUUCCCGCUCCAUCUACUUGGUCUCGAAGGAAACGGCUUACAACUCUCUCAGGUGCUUGGCGGGGUUGGAGUGCGGUGCAGACAACUGAUGAAGAUAAAGUCGAUAAAUCUCUACGCGUUUGGCAUGUAUGUGCAUCCUGAAUCACUGCGUGCGCAGCUUGGAGAAAAGUAUGCUGGAGUAUCUCCUAGUGAUCUCAAGUUUCGGUCCGAGUUCUACGAUGAUCUUCUCAGGCAUGAAGUGAGCUUAACAGUGCGAAUGGUGGUUCUCUACAAAGGCCUGACUGUGGAUUUAGUGAGAAGUGCUUUCCAAGUCUCCUUGAGAAAUCGCUUAAGAAAGAUCAAAGGAGCUGAAGAUGACGAGGGGCUCCAGAUCUUCUGUUCUUACCUCUCCGGGGAUCUCAAAAUCCACAAGGGGACUGUGAUUGAUAUUCACUGGCAACCAGGGGGAAGAUUACAAACUGUAGUUGAUGGUCGUCGUGUAGGAACUAUCUUCAGCGAGAACUUAUGCAGAGCAUUCUUUGAUCUCUACAUUGGAGAUCCACCAGUUUCAAGUAGUGCAAAGCACAGCAUUGGUGAAAGUUUUGCAAGAAUUCUGAACAAUUAGCAUUUCAAAUGGGCAUGAUCAAAUUGUCAAGCUAUCAUGCAAAUAAUUAGAAGCUAACUUAAUUUUUAGAAGGUUAAUAGUUUGGGCGUCUUCUAUAAGUCAUUAUUAAUCUCAUAGACCCGUCCUCAACACUAACCA